UACACUUCAUAAUCAUCGAUUUUAUGUAAGUCUGUUUGAAUUUCAUAUAUAAUUGUCAAAGUCAAACAUCAAUAGCAUGUUUUUAUUAUUCAACAGCUGUCGCAUUGUGAAUAAGGUCGUUAAAAGGCUUGCGCAAGGCUCAACAAUGGGAAGUUCAUACUCCAGAUCAUCUUAUUCGCCGAACAGUGGACAGGCAAAAAAUUCAGAAGGCCACGGGACAAUAUCUCAGGGGGAAUCUUCAACUCAGUAUGUAGAAUCAGUUGUAUGCAAAGUGAAUGAUCUCAAUGAAAAUGAGAUGAAAGUGUUUGAUAUCGGAGAGGAAGGAAAAGUAUUAAUAGUGAAACAAAAAGGGGAAUUUAGCGCAGUGGGUACAAAGUGUACGCAUUACGGAGCUCCUUUAGUAUCCGGAGCCCUAGGCGAUGGCCGAUUAAGGUGCGCGUGGCACGGCGCUUGUUUUAAUUUGAAGACGGGAGACAUUGAAGACUUUCCCGGGUUUGACUCAUUGCCAUGUUACCAAGUUACAGUGACUAAAAAGGGUGAAGUAAAGGUAAGAGCAAAAGUAAGUGACUUGAAGUCAAACAAACGGAUUAAGGAUAUGGGUGAUGCGUCUCCCUGUGGUAGUGAAUCAUCGGUGGUUAUCAUUGGUGGUGGACCGUCUGGAGCGACCUGCGCCGAGACACUGCGCAGCGAAGGAUUUAAAGGGCCUAUUACUCUGGUAGCUAAAGAAAACUACCUUCCUUAUGACAGGAUUAAAGUUUCCAAGAUCGGAACAGCAACUGAUAUUGAGAAACUUCAGGUUAGAUCUAUGGAAUAUUAUAGAAAUGCCAACAUAGAUAUACUUAAAGGCGUAGAAGUAACGAAAGUUAUCUCAGAUGCGCAAAUGGUUGAAUUAAGCAACGGUUCGAAACUUCCCUACGGUGCCUUAUACAUCGCUACUGGUAGCAAACCUCGCGUACCCGAUAUUCCAGGUAUUAAUUUAAAAAAUAUCUUCACCGUUAGAAAUUACGAUGAUUCCAUUAAUAUUCUGAAAACGUUGGGCUCCGAAAAAGACAAAGAUGUUGUGAUUUUGGGUUUAAGUUUUAUUGGAUUAGAAACGGCAUCUACGUGCGUCUCAAAAGCUAAGUCUGUGACUGUUGUUGGUAAAGAUACUGCUCCUCUCGGUCAAAUAUUUGGAGAAGAGGUAGGUCAUAGUCUACAAACGCUCUUUGAAGAAAAUGGGGUGAUGUUCCAUUUCGAAACCACAAUAACGAAAUGUAACGGCGAAAACGGUGUUAUAAAAUCAGUUGAAAUGGCGAAUGGUAAAACACUUCCGGCUGAUAUGUUAAUUUUGGGCGUGGGAACUACUUUUUACACAGAAUUCCUCAGAGAUAGCAAUAUCGAACUAAACCCAAGGGGUUCCGUUAUCGUUAAUGAUAAAUUACAAACGAAUGUUAAAAAUGUAUUCGCGGGGGGCGAUAUAGCAUUUGCUCCAGUGUAUGCUUCUGGGAAUACUCCGAUGGCUAUUGGACACGUAGGUCUGGCACAAUAUCACGGUUCGAUCGCCGCUAAAAAUAUAUUGAACAAGGACGUUCCUUUAAGAACCGUCCCGUACUUCUGGACGAUGCUCUUCGGUAAAUCUAUUCGUUACGCAGGUUGCGGUAAAUCAUCUAGUUUCCAAAUCGAGGGCGACGUAAAAGCUCUGAAGUUUGUUAUAUUUUUCUUCGAUGAGGCAGGAAAAGUUAUUUCAGUGGCAUCGUGUAUGAGGGACCCGGUGGUUUCUCAGUUUGCGGAACUUUUGUAUCAGGGUAAAUCGUUGCAUAAGAACGAUUUGAAGGACGACCCAUUUGCAUGGAUAAAGAAUAUAAAUUAAAUAUACCUAACUUGCAUAUUAACGUAAAAAACUCAGUAUUAACAUAUAGUACAUGCUUCAUAUGUUUUAUUAUAUAGAUAUAU